GCCAGAAUCGCAUCUAUUUUUAGUAACAGCCUCAUUUGCAUAAUUAUGUAAAUUCAUUAUAAAACCAAGGAAAAAUCCAACUUUUAAUGCCUUUUAAGAACUACCCAAAAGCAUAUUAAAUGGGGUAGUUGAGUUUUUAGAGUAAUGUCAGGUGGAACCCUUCCAUUUUCCUAUGUAAUGGUCAAUCCAAAUGAAAAUUUAAACGAUUUGGCACUUUGCCAGGAGCACGGACACAAAUGCGGGUUUUUUCAUACCUGAAUUUACAUGGUUUUCAUUUGCUUGUAACUUGCAAGACCUAUUCCAGAUAUGUUUGCAACUUAUAUCAGUUUGAACUAUGGGGUAUGAUUUAUUACAAAACAAAAUAUUAAGCUUGGCAAAUGACUAUUAUAUGUUUAUUUUUACCUUGGAAGAUUGGUAAUUUUAGUCCCCUAUUGACAAAUUUUGAUUUCAUUUUAAUUGAAUUCUAAACACAAUUGGAAAUAAAAUGACACAUUUAAUCAUUUGGAAAAGUCAAAUAAAGUAACUAAAACAUGUAAAUAAGAAGUGUUUGUACCGCAAGUGCAAAAGUCACUAAAUUGUCUGGAACUAGUGAGUCAUCUUUUAUGUUUUUCUGUGGACUUAUCUCCCUUGGGUAAAGUCUUCACUCCAAAAUGUCAGCUUCCAGUGAUGGUUUGACAGACGACAUUUACAGUGAAGUUUGUGACUUUUCCUAUCUUGGUGGAGGAUGUGGGAUAUCCCAUCACUAUUCAUCUUCACCUAAUACACUUUUUAAAGUAUAUGAAUGCACCAAACCUACUACUAUUCACCUCAAACGUCUGAAUAGUAGUGAAAGCUGUGAUUUUCCAGAAGGGCUACUUAUCCUGUAUAGGACUGGUAUUUUUACAAUAGAUGCAACAACAACUCAGCUUAGCAUAUGUCCUAAGCACAGGGACUUCUAUGGUAUCCAUUGGAAAAAUAAGAGUGCCCGAUGUCAACAUCCAGACCACCCCUCUUCCAGCAAAGCCAAGGCUGACCGAGGAUCUUCACCUUUGUUGUGCAAGCAGAACUGGCUGUAUACCCGACAAAUUAUUCCCGUAGGAACAGGACUUUGCAAGCAAUGCUCAAUAAAGAUGAAGAAUUUUGUUAAAAGUGACAAGACACAGGUCAAACUAAAUAUAGAAGAUGUUGGACUUUGCAAGCAAUGCUCAAUAAAGAUGAAGAAUUUUGUUAAAAGUGACAAGACACAGGUCAAACUAAAUAUAGAAGAUGUUGGACUUUGCAAGCAAUGCUCAAUAAAGAUGAAGAAUUUUGUUAAAAGUGACAAGACACAGGUCAAACUAAAUAUAGAAGAUGUUGCCAAUGAGAAAUUUUAA